UUCUGCGUUUUCUUCCCAGUCACAAUUUUAUACACUUGUGGCGCCUUGUAGACCUCUUCUUUAUCCCUGUUUUGAUUCCGCAGGAGAAAACCCCACCAUUAAAAUAAACUACAAAACGGACAAGAAUAUCAAGCCUCAAAAUUCUGCCCACUAGUGGCUGCUUACAUUUGGUUCAUGUUUUUCAUUGUUUUCGGAUUCUCAGAUUACCACCCAGUAAAGUUCCCAAGGUUCUUGGAAGUAAACUAUGUUGGAUUUGGUUGCCUACUCUCAUGGUCCCAAGGGAUGUGUUGUUACUCAAGCAAGCACACUUUCGGCUAGUUUUGCUGCACAUCGUUUUUGUCGGCAUUAUUCAAAAUCCUUGUUUUGUUAUAAUAGAGUGCAACAUUUAUCACCACUCUCUGUGUAUCAGAAGACUAGCCAUUCUUUUAUAACAAAUGAUGGAUGCAAAACCACACCUACUUUCAAUGGGAAAAGAUUUUUCUUCUUCAAGAAUGUGCCAUCUCAAAGGUACAGACUUCAAAUGUACGCAUCAGUUGAUGUUGCAACUGCUGUUGAUGUCAUCAAUGACCUAGGGAUGGAUACUUUGACAUUCUUAGCCGUGACUGUAUUAGUUGUUCCUGCCUUCAGAACUAUCAGAGCCAGUCCUAUACUUGGAUUCUUCUUUGCGGGAGUAGUGCUCAAUCAGUUUGGCCUCAUCAGAAAUCUCAUGGAUGUUAAAGUGCUGUCUGAAUGGGGAAUUCUCUUUUUGCUGUUUGAGAUGGGUUUGGAGCUUUCACUUGCACGGUUGAAAGCUCUAGCGAAGUUUGCAUUUGGGAUGGGAUUGACUCAGGUUUUAUUGUCAACUCUUGCCUUCUCUGCGUUUGAACUUCCACCUAAUGCUGCCAUUGGGACCAGGAUUUUGGAAUUUCUCUUUCACUCGAGACCUGAUCUGGUCAACAUCAGAAGCGUUGAUGAGGCUGUUGUAAUUGGUGCUGCUCUGUCAUUGUCUUCUUCAGCUUUUGUUCUGCAGAUUCUUGCAGAGAGGGGUGAGCUUCCAACUAGAUUUGGAUCAGCUACUUUAGGGAUACUUCUACUUCAGGACAUAGCUGUUGUACCUCUGCUGGUAGUGCUACCAGUGCUAGAGAGUCAGAAUUUGGUUCAAGAAAGCAUUUGGCCAAUGCUUGCUCAAGAAAGUUUGAAGGCUUUAGGGGGACUUGGUUUGCUCUCUCUCAGUGGAAAAUACAUUUUGAGGCGAGUUUUCGAGGUUGUUGCAGAAGCUAGAAGUUCAGAAGCAUUUGUUGCCCUUUGCCUUUUGACAGUUGCUGGAACAUCACUUUUAACCCAGCAGUUAGGCUUCAGCGAUACGCUUGGAGCAUUCCUGGCUGGGGCUCUCUUAGCAGAAACAAACUUUCGCACUCAGAUCGAAGCUGAUAUAAGGCCAUUUAGAGGAUUACUUCUUGGGCUAUUUUUUGUUACUACAGGAACGUCUAUUGAUACGGAGCUUCUUUUCCGGGAAUGGCCAAAUGUUCUUUCACUCCUGGCAGGUCUGAUUGUUAUCAAGACACUUAUUAUAACAGCAAUAGGUCCCCGUGUUGGACUUACCCUACAAGAGAGCAUUAGGAUUGGGUUCCUUCUCUCCCAGGGUGGUGAAUUUGGAUUUGUCGUCUUUUCAUUAGCAAACAGGCUUGGAGUGCUACCACUUGAGUUGAACAAACUUCUUAUAAUUGUUGUUGUGCUGUCCAUGGCUCUGACUCCCUUACUCAAUGAAAUUGGACGAAAAGCUGCUACUCUUAUUGAUGAUUCCACUGAUGAUGGGGACAAAGCAGCUCAAAAGGUUGACUUCAAUGCUAGUGAACCAAUUGUUAUUGUUGGAUUUGGGCAAAUGGGUCAGGUCCUUGCCAAUUUCUUAUCUGCUCCACUAGUUUCAGGACAAGAUGGGGAAGGAUGCCCUUUUGUUGCUUUUGAUCUAGACCCUUCUGUUGUGAAGACUUCUAGAAAACUUGGUUUUCCUGUUCUCUAUGGUGAUGGAUCCCGUCCAACAGUUCUACAAUCUGCUGGUAUAACGUCCCCAAAAGCUGUCAUGGUCAUGUAUGCAGGGAAAGAAAAGACGCUCGAGGCUGUUCAAAGGAUUCGACUUGCCUUCCCUGCGAUUCCAAUAUAUGCUCGAGCUAAGGAUGUAAAUCAUUUAUUAAAUCUGAAGAAAGUGGGUGCAACAGAUGCUAUUCUUGAAAGUGCAGAGACAAGUUUACAGCUUGGCUCCAAAUUGUUGAAAGGGCUUGGUGUAAUGUCUGAUGAUGUAUCUUUUCUGAGCCAACUGGUCCGAGAUUCUAUGGAGCUACAAGCCCAAGAAGCACUUGGUAAAACUGAUGACCAAGAUAAAGUUAUGAAGCCAUUGGAGGUAAGAGUAGGGGAUUUGGUUAUGGCAAAAGAACCAAUCCCUGAUGAAGAUGAAAUAUGGAGUAUGGACCAGAAAGAUGGAAAUGAUGAAAGUUUUGCCUUCACAGAUACUGAUCAGUUGACUCAUGAUGGUGAAAGCCAUUUUGAAGAUCUAGAAGAUGAAACUGUGCUGUACAGUGACAUUGAUUCCAACAAUUGUUUUCCUGUCAACGAAGAAAACGUCGAGAAAAGUGAUACAGAUGUAGUCCCCAAGGACAGUAGAUAGAGAGCCGUUUCGUGCUGCUAAAGUUCUCAGCUUAGACAUACUAACCCCAAAACAAACUUGGCAUAUAUAAUGCCUAAUAGGUCAUUUGUCAUUAGUUCACAUCUCAUUGUAUAUUCAAUUUUGUGAUAGGGCAUGCCCCAUACAAACAUGCAUAUCUGAUGAUGAAACAUUUUUAGAUUGCAGAAUUAGAGAACUUUGCUGAGCUAUACUCUGUACAGAAUAUGAUCUUGUGUCAAAAUCCAACGGUGGGGAUUGCAGAACAUUUUGUUCCUACACAAGUCCCCUUUGUAAUGUGUAAUGUACUAAUUUUCUGCAGUAUUGUCAAAAUCCAAUGGUGACAACUAAGGUUUCCAGGA